GCCGCUCCAGCUGCUUCUAAACUCCCCUGCAAGCACCUCCUGCCCGGCCAUGUCGAGCUGCGACCGGCUCGGAGUGGCCCCUGCCAUGGACAUGCCCGAGGUUCUCAAGUCUCUGCUGGAGCAUUCUCUGCCUUGGCCAGAGAAGAAGACAGAUAAGGAAAAGGGCAAGGAGAAGCUGGAGGAAGACGAGACUGCGGCGGCCAGCACCAUGGCGGUCUCUGCCUCCCUCAUGCCGCCCAUCUGGGACAAGACCAUCCCGUAUGACGGCGAGUCCUUCCACCUGGAGUACAUGGACCUGGACGAGUUCCUGCUGGAGAAUGGCAUCCCUGCCAGCCCCACUCACCUGGCCCAGAACCUGCUGCUGCCUGUGGCCGAGCUGGAAGGCAAGGAGUCGGCCAGCUCUUCUGCAGCGUCCCCGCCGUCCUCCUCCACUGCCGUCUUUCAGCCCUCUGAGACCGUGUCCAGCACAGAAUCCUCCCUGGAAAAGGAGAGGGAGACCCCCAGCCCCAUCGACCCCAGCUGUGUGGAGGUGGAUGUGAACUUCAACCCCGACCCUGCCGACCUGGUACUCUCCAGCGUGCCUGGCGGGGAGCUCUUCAACCCGCGGAAGCACAAGUUUGCCGAGGAAGACCUGAAGCCCCAGCCCAUGAUCAAAAAGGCCAAGAAGGUCUUUGUCCCCGACGAGCAGAAGGAUGAAAAGUACUGGACACGGCGCAAGAAGAACAAUGUGGCAGCCAAGCGGUCGCGGGAUGCCCGGCGCUUGAAGGAGAACCAGAUCACCAUCCGGGCGGCCUUCCUGGAGAAGGAGAACACGGCCCUGCGGACGGAGGUGGCCGAGCUGCGCAAGGAGGUGGGCAAGUGCAAGACCAUCGUGUCCAAGUAUGAGACCAAGUACGGGCCCUUGUAACUGCCCCCGGCGGCACUUCCUGCUCCCAGACCUCUGCAGGGGCUCCUGACACCCCACCCACGCGUGGGGACUUGUGACUUGGCACAGGCGAGGGCGCGCCCGGCGCCAGGAGCGUUCCUGUUCAAGCUUCUUACCGCGUGGCAACUUCAGGGGCCAGCGCCCCCCAGCAGGGGCGCGGAGAGGCUACGCAGACAGGCACCAGCGUGGUUUCGCCUCUCGGAUGUCCCCAUUGGGCGGGAAGGGACCUUUGGACGCGCGUCCCUCCUUCCACAGGGCGCUCGGCUCCCUCCCCCGCCUCCAGCCUGACCAUCGGCCCUGCGGCCCGUCUGCGCUGCGGGCUUGUUUCCAGCUGAGCGUGUCUGUCGCACACUUCGCCCUCCCCGGCGGGCCUGGACGGCAGCGUCUGCUCUCGCCCCCCUCGAGCCGUUGCCUCCCACAGGAGGGUCUCUGCAGCCUGGGUGGCCCGGCCGGCCGCGGGCGUGCGCCAGCCGCCCUGCCCCUCGCCUGCCCUUGCGGCUCUAGGCCUGUGGCGGCGCCGGGCUGUGGUGCCGCCCGGUGUUCCACCCACGGCAGGGGCGGACCCCAGUGCGAGCUCUUCGCCCGCUCCCGGGGUCACGGCAGAGGCCAUCUGCGCCUCCUGUGUCCACCAGACUGGGCUGCCAGGCCUGCUCUUUCUUUCCGCCCAGUCACCCAGCUCAGAUCUUGGAUUUCAGAGAAAACUCCCUCACCCAGGACACGUUCCUUCCCGGACCCGGGAGGCUCCCGUGCAGUGCUGAGAGCAGCGGCCCCGCUCGGAGUGGCCAGGAGGGCCGGAGCGUGUUUCUCGAGCUUUUUUGGCGCCGCUGUCCGCGGUGGGCCAGGCCGAGCCCACGGCCCCUGAAGGCGGAAGAGGGCUGCGGGGCUUGCUUCAGGAGCCGCCCGCGGCCGCCCAGAGCGGCAGGCCACGGUCAGGGCCGCCGGGCACAGCGCGCUGCCGUUAGCGAGCCGUGGGCAGCGCCAGGGCCGGCGCCCCUCCUGCCGGGAGGUGUGGCCCGCUGGCACGGGCGCCUGCGGCUGCGGCCUCGCUACCUCCAGGCUGCUCCUCUGCGCCCUGCUGGACUCCGCGUUUCCCGCUGCCCAGAACAGGACUCGAAGCCGCGGCCCCUGUGCCACCUGGGCGGCGGAGGCGGGUUUCACGGGCUCAGGGCGGGCGGCCUGCGGGGAGAGGGCUGGCGGCGGUGCCGCUGUCGCGCCUCUGGCUUCGCCGGAGCGGUGGCUCCGGUCUCUGAGGACCUUUUCUAACAGACGGGCCGGGCCGGGGACGCCGGCCUGACUAGACUGCCCAGGGCGGAGCCUGCGGGACCUGCCGCCGCCUCUGCGCACUUGGCGGGGCCCCAGGGCCCAGGGAGAGCACCCCUCCCGUGCCGGCCUUCACUCUGUGGUCCUGUGAAAACCACGCGCACACUUUCCACUCUGUUGUAACCACAACGGGCAGUUGCAUCCGGCAUGUCUGCGUCCUGCCUGGGCAGCUCGCCCGCCGGGCACUCUCCCUCUGGUCUGGCUGCCCGCCAGGGCAGUUCUCAUUUCUUACUCGCGGAAGGGCCUCCAGCUCAGAGCUCUUCGCUUUCUUUGGCCAGAGAGUGUGUGGUUUGUGUUUUUUCAAUUUUAUUUUUUAAAGGAUAGACAUUUACCCCCUGGGUGUCGUCUCCGAGCCCAGGGCCGGGCCUCGGCCUCUUGCCCCCGCUCUGCCUGUCUCGCACCCCCGCCCUCCUGCAGACGGUGGGUGGGUGUCUGGGAGGAGCGCCGCCGGCCCCCCUGAAGCAUUCCCUGUGUCCUGGGGGGCUCCGCAGGGCGGGCGUGCUCGCCGCGGGCCUGAGCGCCCGGCAGAAGCUGCCAGCCCGUCGCGGAGCGAGCCUCCCGGACUCCCUCCCGGGCUCUGUCUUGGGCCCAGCAGCCAAAGUCCGAGGCUGUCGUGUUGAGAUCUGACGUUAAAGCCCCGGAGGCUCGAGCGCCGGCUCGUGUGGGUUUGCACGCCGGCCAGCACGCCCCUCCCGCGGAGCCUCCUUACCGCCUCCGAAGAGACAAAUCAUGAACGAGCGAGAAUGUUGCAGGAAUAUACAUAUGCUAAAUGUAUGUCUAGAAGUAUAUAUAUAUUUUUGUUUGUUUUGGAGAGAGCGCGCUUUAAGGUGGCCAGCAGCCUUGUGGAGGGCCCGGUGGGGGAGGCACUCGGUCUGGUCGGAGCCUUCACUGCGCUGAAGGGCCGCCGCGCACCCCCCGCCUGGCAACGGGGCGGGGGCAGCGGCGCUCUGUUCUGCGCCAGGGCUGAGAGCCCUGGUUUUCAUGGGAAAGCCCCACCCAGAGCUCCUUUGACAUCUGUUAAUUAAGUGCAAUAAAUUUUUCUAGAAAAUGGCAAAGAUGACUUCCAGGUGGACUUGCUGUCUUACGGUGUUGCAGAUGCAGAACGCCACUUGGUUUUAUUUUUCUAAGCGCAUGAGAUGUGACGACGUGUUGGGCUCUGCGCCCCCGGGCUGGCUUUGCAGCGGGCCCCUCUCUCCUUUACUUUUGCCUGGGGAAGGGGCAAGAGGAAAGCCCCUUCUUCCAGCCGGAGAGGCAGAAGCAGACCCCAGCCCUGGCCUUAGUGUGUGUGCGUGUCUGCGUGGGCCCGCCUGGAGUCGCUGCUGGCGGCCGAGUGGUGUGGGCGGGAAGCUGGGAAUGUAUCCUUUUCAAAACAGAAUUAAAUAUUUUGAGACGAGAG